CAAACCGCCACAAUACCAGAUCAGCAUUUAACAACAUGUCGCGCCAGAGCAUGGCCCCGCCGCGGAAUCUGACUUUAACAGAAGAGUUAGAGAAGCUGGAGCAGUCAAUCACGCUAACGUUGCAAGAAAUCGACCAAAACUUCAGCCGCGCACAUCGAAUCGUGACGACAAGUAUCCUUCCAAUCGUUGAGCAAUACGCGAAGCAUUCUGAAGCGGUCUGGGAAGGCUCAAAGUUCUGGAAGCAAUUCUUCGAAGCCAGCGCCAACGUCUCUCUUUCUGGUUACGAAGAGGCGGCCGUCGACGAAUCUACCACUCAAGAUGAAUCGCAAGAGUCCCACGGUUACGAUGAUCUUACUGCAGACGAUACAGUGACCGGCGCAUCCGCAACCCCUCCUAUACCUUCAUCCUCACACGCCGACGAUGACGAGCUCGACACUUCGAUCCUUUCCUCGCCAUCCCUCGCGCAUAACCAUAGCACUCCACGUGCACCCAGAUCUGGCAAGAGACCACAAGCCAACCACGCGAUAGCUGGUACUACAUUCGCGGAUUAUUCAUCCCCGUACGAAGCGUUGAAACGCGAACUACAUGGCGGCAAAGCAUCGCCAGGGCCGGACCCUACAACGCCGGGGAAAUCGCAAGCGCUACCAGACAUGAGCAUGACCCCGGAAUCGUCCCCCUUCGUGGCUCCUAAUUCUCAGUUCAGAGGGAGCGGUGCACCUACGAAUGAAGAUCCCCUCUUUCAUCGAGUGCUGGACAAAACAUACCGCAUCGCUGCAACACCCCAUACAGGCCGAAAGCAGCAGAAGCCGUCUGUGGGAUUCACGCCCGGUACGGCUACUCGUGCGGCACCUUCAAGAUGGGACGAUUCUUCUCCACCAGAUUCUCCCGCCCCGCAGCUUCGUGCAGAAAUAUUCUCGUCGCCAUUGAAGGCCCCUCGAACACCAGGCGUAACCGUCCAGCGGACUCCAGCACGUGGGCUAGGUAACUCUGUCAAGGCACAGAAUACUAUGACUACCCAGAAAGGCAUGUGGGAUAGUGAGAGCGACGAAGAUGACGACGACUUGGGGUUCAGUCCUCCCAAAACGAUGCAGUUCCACGUACCGCAGAGUCGACUGCUGCAGACACCUGCCCGUGAAGCCAGCAAGCGAAUAGUGGAGGAUCUGCUGCUGACUGCUGGAGGCGACAUAACAGAAAGUUUCGAGGGUGACGAGGAAGAGAGUCCAAGUGUUGUUCGGAGGAAUCACGAGCUUGAUGACAGCUUCUAGCUACGCAGCGUGCGAUACGUAAAUAUCGAGACGAUGAGACUGUCAAUCGCAGCUCAUACAACAGUGAAUAUAAUAGAAUUUGGCAUUAUCGCG